CUGCCGCGGCUGUGCCGCCCCUUUAAGCGGCGUCCCUGUGCGCGGCGCCGCGGAGGCAGGCAGGGGCGCUGCGGGUGUGGCCGCCGCGACGGCAGCCGCGCGAACAAAGGCCGGGAGCUGCCGAGCGGGACUCCCCCGGCAAGGACGUGCCGGGCAGGGCGCAGCACCGCAAGCGAGGGCCGGAGCAGGGCGGCGGAUGGAAACAGCCAGGCGCCGGGCUGCCACCGGGCAGGCGCCGGCCCGGGCAUGGUAGCCCGGCUGCCCGGGGGAAGCCACGGCCGCUGGCAGACGACGAGAGUGCCUCUGAGCUUAGGCAGAGGGCCGGGCGCCUCCAGGCAGCCCCCCUGCGCUGGGAGCUGCUCCGCCGCGCCGGCGCCUCCGUAUAUGGCCGGGGGCUGGCCGGCCGGCCGCCGCUCGGGUCCAGGGUCCUUCUCGCGUCCUCCGGCGCCCGUCCUCGGCCGCGGCCGCGGCGGGGCUGCUGCUCCUUCUCCCCGGCCGGCGGCGGCGACGUCAUGAGCUGCCCGCAGGCCUCGUCGCAGGACAGCCUGGCGGCGGCGGCGGCGGCGGGGGCGAGCAGCGUGUGCGCCAUCGAGGGGCUGCCCCCGCUGCCCAAGGGGCUCAGCGGCAUCCUCAACUCCAGCGGCGGCUCCUGGCGGGAGAUCGAGAAGGUCUACAGCAAGAAGACGCGCAUCCAGGACGACCUCCGCAAGGCCGCCGCCGCCGCCGCCUCCUCGGAGAAGCCGCCGCUCCGCAGCAAGCCGGCCAACCUGGACUCGGCCCUGGCCGUGCUGCGCAAGGAGAUGGUCGGCCUGCGGCAGCUGGACAUGUCCCUCCUGUGCCAGCUGUGGUCCUUGUACGAGUCCAUCCAGGAGUACAAAGGCCUCUUCCAGGACAUGUCCUCCUCGCUCCACUCGGAAGGGAGCCUGGCAGCCGAGAACGGCUUCUCGGACGAGGAGGACGACUUCGAAGUGGACCAGCCCACCCCGGACGGCCCCAAGGAGAACCCCCCGGGCCAGCGGCUGCGCCUGCUUCAGCCUCAGAACUCGCGGGAUCAGUGGCUUCAGGAAUCCUUCCACAUCACCAUCUGAACGGGCCUGGGCCGCCCCGUGGCCUUGCCCCAUGAAGGCGGGCGGGAUGCAGGCAUCUUUGCAACAGGCUUGGAUCUUUGGACCGGGGUGCGGGGGAAGCGAGGCCCCCCUCCCCGCCCCACGUAGGCAGCUGGCUUGAAUGGCAUUAGAAUUGCCCCACUGGGUACCCUGGCCACCUUAACAGCGAGAACUUAGAAUAAAAACUACUUGCGGAGAAUUGAUCCGGCAGGAUUUCAUGGAUGUUCCUUCCCAGAGAGAGAGAGUGAGAGACAGAACCCGUCCUUGUUUGGGCCGUUGAGGAGUAGGGUGCUGUUCAUUCUGUUCUCCGGAGCACGGGUCCCCAGAUGCCGUUGGUCUACAAAUUCCAUCAUCCACAGCCACAAGGCGUUUGGAUCUACACAACCCACAGCCCCGGUGGCUUGUGUUGACUACAAAUCCCAUCACCCACCGCCACAAUGGCUGGAGGUCAUGGCUGAUGGCACUGGUAGUCCAAAACCCAAGGGUGGGGACUCCUGCUCAAGGGGGUCCGUGAUUGGCUUGUGUCUCUUUGGGAGUCUUGAAAGAAGAAGGUAGCAACCUCAGGAAAGGACUGAUGCAGCCUUUGCCAAAACAUCCUCUCCGUAUGAAGACCCACCCACAGAGGUGAUCUGUGGGCUGAACUCAAAGAAUUGCGAGUGUCCAGGAAAUAGGUGCUAGAACUGGCCGGCAAAUGCUCAUGCAGAAGCUCAUGUGGUGCUAUAAUGGGGUCUCUUUGUGAUUCUGCUUGUGCGAGAGGCUUUGCACGCUCGCACGAGAGGAAGAGCACCUUUGGGUUCCGUGUCACUUUUUCCUCAUGCCGCGUCCUAGUGCAAAGCGUGCAAAGCAACCCUCGCCACCUUUGGAUCCAACCCCAUAUGUGUGAAGCUCUCUUGGUACGCGAGGAAUAAUUGGGGUCUGUCUGACCCCAAUUACUUGAGCGAUAAUUGGGGUCUGUCUGACCCCAAUUAGGUAAGGGAUAAUUGGGGUCUGUCUGACCCCAAUUAUGGCUACCCGAUUGUCUGCUUACUGGGGUGAUGCCCAUGCUGCAGGGUCCCCCACUGCAAGAAACGUAUUCACCCAAGCUUUUAACCAGAUUUGCAGAACUGUAGAUUUGUUUAAAACAGUUUUAAUUUAUUGGGCUGGGGGCGGGGGGGACUUGUGGUUCCCCUCAGCCACCCCUACUAACCUGCUCCACACAGUUCUCCCCCAAAGCCCGCCCUCCCUCCCUCCCGCCCCACAUCUCUCCCCCUCCCCACUGGAAGCCCCCAGGAAAAAUGUAGCUGGAAUUUGCUGUGCAUGGAGCUUAAUUAAGAUAGAUUUUCCUAGGCAGACCUGCGUUGGCUGGAUUUAUUAUUAGUGCCUCAGCCAUGUUACCUACAAACUGCCUCUUUUAAAAAUAUUUAAUGACAUAGGAAUUUUAUUUUUUAAAGCCCUGGUAUUCAAGGGUUGGCGGUGGGGUGGGUGAGUGGGCAAUCCUUGCUUUCCGCCUCCCUUCUGUAACGGGGCCCAAACCUUGGAUGGCUGGUUUAAUAUAUUGGUUGUGAGAGGGCAUUUGGCUUUGGGUCAGUGUGAUGGCAGUGUGACCCGAGGGAAUAAAGCGUCUCAGCUUCUUAAAA